GUGUCCCUCGCCGUCGUUCAGUACAGCAUCCGUACCUGCGACUGUGACUAUCGAUUCCGGCAGGAUGACCGUCUAUUAUUAUUUGCUGUUCCUGUUGGGCGGCUGCCUUUGCAAUCCGGAUGCCAAGCGACUGUACGACGACUUGCUCAGCAACUACAACCGGCUCAUCCGACCCGUAAGCAACAACACCGACACCGUCUUGGUCAAGCUCGGGCUGAGGCUGUCGCAGCUCAUCGAGUUGAAUCUUAAGGAUCAGAUUUUGACUACAAACGUGUGGUUAGAACAUGAAUGGGAAGAUCACAAAUUCCAAUGGGAACCCCUGGAAUAUGGCGGUGUUCAGGAGCUAUACGUACCGUCGGAACACAUUUGGCUGCCGGAUAUUGUUCUUUAUAAUAAUGCUGACGGCGAAUACGUGAUCACUACAAUGACUAAAGCAGUGCUUCAUCAUUCCGGUAAAGUCAUGUGGACACCGCCGGCAAUCUUUAAGUCAUCGUGUGAGAUCGAUGUUCGUUAUUUUCCAUUCGAUCAACAGACCUGCUUCAUGAAGUUUGGAUCAUGGACUUACGAUGGGAAUCAGAUAGAUUUGCAACAUAUGAGUCAAACGCAAGGCACCAACAAAGUCGAUUUGGGAAUUGAUUUAAGGGCUUAUUAUCCUAGCGUGGAAUGGGACAUUCUUGGCGUCCCGGCUGAGAGACAUGAAAAAUACUACUCUUGUUGUGCAGAGCCAUAUGUGGACAUAUUCUUCAAUAUAACUUUAAGACGGCGAACUUUGUUUUACACUGUAAAUUUGAUCGUUCCUUGUGUGGGGAUUUCAUACUUGUCGGUGUUAGUGUUCUACUUGCCCGCUGACUCAAAAGAGAAGAUAUCAUUGUGCAUCACCAUCUUAUUGUCCCAGACCAUGUUUUUCUUGCUAAUAUCUGAAAUCAUACCAUCCACGUCUUUGUCAUUGCCGCUACUUGGGAAAUAUCUCCUCUUUACUAUGUUGUUGGUUGCCCUAUGUGUUGUUGUCACUAUAGUUAUUAUAAACAUACAUUACAGACAACCGAGUACGCAUAAAAUACCAUCAUGGAUGCGUACGGUGUUUAUAAGAGCACUUCCGAAAUUACUUUUGAUGAGAGUACCUGAACAACUGCUUGUAGACUCAGCUAUGAAACAAAAACAGAUGAAGACGUGCAAGAAUUUGAAUCUAAAUUUGGCCAGAUUGAACGCAGCCAGCGUGGGAGCUACACUAAACGUGCCGCCGGUUCCAGUGUCUUCGCCGCCCAUAGGCCGACGGUCACCUACAGACUCAUUGCGUAGGUUCGUGGCUACGACAGGUCGUACAGGGUGUAACGGAUCUGCAGCAGCAGGCGCGGCUAGUCGGUUGGUAAAUGCCGCAGUGUCAUCCAUCGACGAUACACUCAACGACAUUCCGGCCGCUAUCAGGAAAAAAUAUCCUUUCGAGUUGGAAAAGGCCAUACACAACGUCAAGUUCAUACAGCAUCACUUGCAGCGUCAAGAUGAAUACAACACGGAAGAUCAAGAUUGGGGUUUUGUGGCUAUGGUGUUGGAUCGGUUGUUCUUGUGGAUAUUUACAGUGGCUUCAAUCAUGGGUACAGUGAUGAUUCUAUGUGAGGCACCAGCGCUUUACGACGACACUAAGCCCAUCGACCGAGAAAUAUCGUUCAUCGCUAAAAAACAAUUUUUCCCGUCUUCCGAUUAACUUAUAGUGAAUAUAUUACCGUUGUAAUAAUUCAUUUAAUUAAUAUCGCGGUUAUUCGAUUCAAUCAAAUAAAAAAAAAACGUUAAAACCUACAAAUAAUCCGUAUAGAGUCCCUCGGGCUAUUUGCGCCAAUUAUUGUGACAACUAGUGUUUUCAAUCUAAGUAAUUCAUUCAAAUCUAAAUGAGUCCAAUGUACAUUAUUGUAAACUAUAUAUAUUACCUACUAUAUCUACUGCCAAAGAAUUGUAGGACUAUCCCGGUAUGUUAGCAAGAUUUGUUUCAUCACUAAAACGAACAGAUUGUAUCACUAAUAACUAAUUUGAAUGUAACAUUAUAUUUUUUUGCUUUUAAUUUAAUGUUUAUAUUGUAAAAACCAAUAGUAAAUUAUCACUUGAUAAAUCAAACCCAACACGUACAAAUAAUUUCUGACACAUGAUAAAUAAUACUGUCAUACACUUAGCUUUCAAUAUUAUUUUAGUUUAGACGAAGUGGUAAUUUAACUUAAUGGUGCCGAUGACCAUCAUAAAACAAGGGAACACAUUUUAGAUAACACGAAGUGGAAUCGAAUAUACUUUAUUAAACCCAACUAAUAAUGAAUGUUUAAUUCAGUUAAUCAAACGAAAAAUAUUUUAUCCCUGUAAUACAAGAAAUAAGAGUUAUUUGAUUCGAGGACAUAAUUUACAUUUCAAUAACUUAAUAUUGUUAAGUCUCCUAAAAUGUGUCAUUUUAUUUUUAGAAAGUUUUGUUUUAACAAAUACUCAAUAUUGUUGUAUUACAAUUUCUUAAAAUCUUAUCAAUUGUUAUUUAAGAAAUAUCUAUUGCUGCAAAAUUUCGAAUAAUUUAUUUAUAAACAAAUACCUAAUUUAAAAUUAGUAUACUCGUAUAAGAAGUAAAUGUAUAUGUUCAUAUGAAUGUACGAAAAAAACAAAAAAUGUAGCAGUUAAGCGAGUUUAUAAUAUUAUCUAUAAUUUUUGAUUUUUUUUUACGCUUGUUCAAUAACUUUAAAUAAAAUACAAUUAGGAAAUAUACAAAUAAUUCGACUUAAAAGUCUGUCGACUAAAUUUGAGUUGGUUUGACAACUCUCUGUACUUUUCUUGUAAUAAUAUGUUAUUUUUUAAGCUUUUAUUAAUUAAUAGUAAUGCAUAAAUUAUUAUUUAAACGUUAUCCGAAAACAGUGUAUUGUAACUAUGUAUUAAUAAUCCAUCAAUUCUUUAGUAGCUAUUUCAUUUGCAAUUAAAUAUACUAUUGUGAUUUCUUCAAUUAACUCGUUUUUCGCAAACAUUUACCAUUUUAUUUUCAUUAAGGUUUUUGAGCUAAUAAUUCAAAUGCCGGCCGAAAAGCGUAUGUUAUAAAAACAUUGUCUUUUAACUGUUCUGACGGACAAUCAGUAACAAUCACAAAAUAACUCUUGUAAAUCUAUAAAAAGAGUUUGUAUUUUAUAAACAAAAUAAAACCUUUAGACUAGGGGCUGAAAAUGAAAAGAGUUAUGUAAACGGUUAGGAAAAAUAAUUAAUCCACACAGCAGUAACAUAUUUAAAA